UUGCGCUCGAUGAAUUUUGUCCCGUUUGGCAUCCGUAGUUACUGGGUAAAGAUGGCUACGCACAGUAGUAAAGCACUUUUCUGUGUAGGUCGUACUAGUUUUUCUUACAUUGGACUGUCAAAAUCAACUAGUAGAGUCUCGUACGCCACAGCUUUGUCUGUAAACAACUCACACAGAAACAAAGGUCCUUCAGAUAAAAAUGGAAGAUUCCCCAGAAGACCAAAGAGAGAACCGGGGGAGCCCCGGACAGAAAAGAUGGCGCCGGAUCAGGACUGGACUUCGGUUUAUCCGGCUGCAACUCCCUUCAGACCGAACUCCGUCCCCCUCCCUGUGAGGAUGGGCUUCCCCGUGAAGGGAGGGGUUCCCCCACAGAAGAAGGGCAACUUGGAGCUAAUAAAGAUCCCCAACUUUCUACAUUUGACCCCGGCUGCCAUCAGGAAGCACUGUGAAGCUCUCAAACCUUUCUGCACAGAGUGGCCCUCCGCCUUGGACACGGAUCCCAAAUGUGACGAGCGUUUCCCAGUCAAAAUAGAGAGCAGAGAGUUCGUGUCUGCCGGUCCGUCCAUCAGAAACCCUGCAGCUCGCGUCGUUCAGCUCUCAAUAAAGCUGUCCAGUUUGAACUUGGAUGACCACGCACGCAAGAAGAUGCUCAAACUUGUUGGUGAGAGAUACUGCAGAGACACGGACGUGCUCACCAUCAGAGCAGACAGCUGCCCACUCAGACAGCAGAACUACGACUACGCCAUGUACCUGCUGACGGUUCUCUACCACGAGUCUUGGAAAAUUGAAGCAUGGGAGGCUGAGAAGACGGUGGCAGACAUGGAGGAGUACAUGUGGGAGGACAGCCCAUCUCAAAGGAACAUUGUAGAGCUGCUGAUGCGCAUGAAAGUGUCUGAAGGAGACGGGCAGGAAGUACGAGAGCAGCUGCUGGAAAGGAGAGACGUGCAGGAGUACAAGGACUCGGUCACGAGGCUGAAGAACGAAGGAGAGAGCGAGAGCAGCAUGCUGCAGUACAAGGAGGCCGUGAAGAAAGUCCUCAACGUCUAACACUUCUCCAAAGAUAAGGACCUGAUUCUAGAUCACAAUAUGCUUUGAUUUCUCUGAGGACUCAAACCUCACUCUCCAAGCAGACAGCGCGUCCUUCAAGAUCUGUCGUCUCAGAUGUAUAUUACAGCUUAAUACAAAAUAAAAGCCUAACAUGUU